AUGUCACUAAUACCAUUACCUCCAUCCCUCAUACCGUUUCUAAAGGAUUAUCUCCCUCAACCUCUUUCAUCAUGUCCUCAUCGGCCCUUCAUAACCUUAACGUACGCUCAAUCAUUAGAUUCAAAAAUCGCUUCUAAACCAGGUCAACAAACGAAAAUAUCUCAUUUAGAAACUAAAACCAUGACCCAUUAUCUUCGAUCUAAACAUGAUGCGAUAUUAGUGGGAAUUGGAACUGUCUUAGCUGAUGAUCCGAAAUUGAAUUGUCGAUAUCAUGAUCCAGGUUCAGAUGUGAUUAGUUCACCUCGUCCCAUUAUUAUUGAUCCUCAUCAUAAAUGGAAAUAUUCAAAAUCUCAAUUAUAUAAAAUCCAUGAAUCAAAUCAAGGCUUAUCACCAUUCAUCAUCAUAGAUGAAUCCAUAUCUAUUGAUCCUGUCGAACUUGAAGCAUUGGAUCAUCAUGGUGGGAAAUUCAUCCCAUUACCACUCUUCAAUAAAUCAAAAUCAGAAAGUUGGGAAUCAAUCUUAUCAUCUUUACUACAACUUAAUUUAAAAUCAAUCAUGAUAGAAGGUGGGGCCAUGAUUAUUAACGAUUUAUUAUCUCUACAACAUGAUAAAAAGUUCAUCGACCUGUUGAUUAUUACUAUUGGUCCUGUAUUUUUAGGGUCUGAGGGAGUUACGGUUCAUCCUCAUACCAAUGUCGAAUUAGACAAUAUCAAUUGGUGGUCUGGUAUACAAGACAGUAUACUCUGUGCUAAUGUAUCUACAAAAUAA